AUGGACCGUGACUCGCUCGUCUUCCUCGCCAAGCUGGCCGAACAGGCCGAGCGCUACGACGAGAUGGUGGACCACAUGAAAGCCGUGGCCAACAACCACAACGUGGAGCUCACGGUCGAAGAGCGCAACUUGCUGUCGGUCGCGUACAAGAAUGUGAUUGGCUCGCGUCGCGCCUCGUGGCGCGUGAUCUCGUCCAUUGAGAACAAGGGCGACUCGGAGCGCAGCGAGCACAUAAAGGCGUACCGUCAGAAGAUUGAGGGCGAGCUCGUGGACAUCUGCAACGACAUUUUGACGAUCAUUGAGAACAAUUUGAUCCCCAACUCGUCGAGCGAGGAGGGCAAGGUGUUCUACUACAAGAUGAAGGGCGACUACCACCGCUACUUGGCCGAGUUCCAGGUCGACGACGAGCGCAAGGAGUCGUCGGACAAGGCGCUCGAGAGCUACAAGCAGGCGUCGACCAUUGCCAUGGCCGAGCUGCCGCCCACGCACCCCAUUCGACUGGGCCUGGCACUCAACUUUUCGGUCUUUUACUAUGAGAUUCUGAACUCGCCGGACCGGGCGUGCAAUCUGGCCAAGCAGGCGUUCGAUGACGCGAUUGCGGAGCUCGACACGCUGUCGGAGGAGAGCUACAAGGACAGCACGUUGAUUAUGCAGCUGCUGCGUGACAACCUGACGCUGUGGACGUCGGACCAGGAGCCCGACACGGCCGACGCCAACCAGGGCGACAUGAAUGUGCAAGACGUAGAAUAA